UUGAUAACACCUUACAGAAAUGGUUAUUGUUAUUUCCAUCAAGUUCCAUAAGUGCAGUGGCAGUGUUAGAAACUGAAGUUACACGAAAUUACGCCGAGGAUCCAGUGUAAAACCUGAAAAACAUUUGCCCUCUGCGGAAGCGCUGGUGUAAGAAAUCGAUUUUUCAUCGCCGAACCACAUCAUCAUGGUGGGACCGUCGUCAGUGAUGAUUAUCGUCUACUUUGGUUAUGAUUGAAAAGUAAACACAACUUCGCAUAUUUGACUCUCCAGGGAUGACAGAUUCCAAGUAUUUCACUACCACCAAAAAGGGUGAAAUUUUCGAGCUUAAAUCCGAGCUGAACAAUGACAAGAAAGAGAAGAAAAAGGAAGCCGUUAAGAAGGUCAUCGCCAGCAUGACGGUUGGCAAGGAUGUGUCCGCGCUGUUUCCGGACGUCGUCAACUGCAUGCAAACAGACAAUCUGGAGCUGAAGAAGCUAGUCUAUCUGUAUCUGAUGAACUAUGCCAAAUCGCAACCCGAUAUGGCAAUUAUGGCCGUUAACACGUUCGUUAAGGAUUUGCCACAUUCUCAACUCGUUAAGGACUGCGAGGACACGAACCCGUUGAUUCGAGCGCUUGCCGUUCGUACGAUGGGCUGCAUCCGGGUGGACAAAAUCACCGAGUAUCUGUGCGAACCGUUGCGCAAGUGUCUGAAGGACGAAGACCCCUAUGUCCGCAAGACAGCGGCCGUCUGCGUGGCCAAGCUGUACGACAUCUCCAGUUCGAUGAACGUUUCCCCAUUCCAGGUGGAGGAUCAGGGCUUCUUGGACCAGCUGAAGGAUCUGCUGUCGGAUUCAAACCCGAUGGUGGUGGCAAAUGCCGUAGCCGCUCUGAGCGAAAUCAAUGAGGCUUCAGCAAACGGGCAACCCCUGGUGGAGAUGAAUUCAGCAACCAUCAACAAGCUGCUAACGGCGCUGAACGAGUGUACCGAGUGGGGACAAGUUUUUAUUCUUGACUCAUUGGCCAACUAUACGCCCAAGGAUGAACGGGAAGCCCAAUCGAUCUGCGAACGUAUCACUCCUCGCUUGGCUCAUGCCAAUGCAGCCGUUGUGCUGAGUGCAAUCAAGGUUCUUAUGAAAUUGUUGGAGAUUUUAGCUUCUGAUAGUGAUUUUUGCGCCAUGCUAACGAAGAAACUAGCACCACCUCUGGUGACGCUGUUGAGUUCCGAACCAGAGGUUCAAUAUGUUGCACUAAGGAAUAUUAAUCUAAUUGUGCAGAAGCGACCAGAUAUUCUGAAGCACGAGAUGAAAGUGUUCUUUGUUAAGUACAACGAUCCGAUCUACGUAAAGCUUGAAAAGUUGGACAUUAUGAUUCGAUUGGCUAAUCAAAGUAACAUCGCUCAAGUGUUGAGCGAACUAAAGGAAUACGCUACCGAAGUUGAUGUAGACUUUGUUCGUAAGGCGGUUCGUGCAAUCGGACGUUGUGCCAUCAAGGUGGAACCUUCUGCCGAACGUUGCGUUUCUACACUGCUUGAUCUUAUUCAGACUAAGGUGAACUACGUUGUUCAAGAGGCAAUCGUUGUCAUCAAGGAUAUCUUCCGUAAGUACCCGAACAAGUAUGAAAGCAUUAUUAGUACACUGUGUGAGAAUUUGGACACUUUGGAUGAACCGGAAGCAAGAGCUUCCAUGGUAUGGAUCAUAGGCGAAUACGCUGAACGUAUUGACAAUGCGGAUGAGCUGCUCGAUAGCUUCCUGGAAGGCUUCCAGGAUGAAAACGCUCAAGUCCAACUACAAUUAUUGACCGCAGUGGUCAAGCUGUUCCUAAAACGUCCGGCCGAUACGCAGGAGCUGGUACAGCAUGUCCUCUCGCUGGCCACCCAGGAUUCCGACAAUCCCGAUCUCCGUGAUCGUGGUUUCAUCUACUGGCGUCUGUUGUCCACUGACCCGGCAGCUGCUAAAGAAGUUGUCCUGGCCGAUAAACCACUAAUCUCGGAGGAAACCGAUCUACUGGAACCGACUCUGCUCGAUGAGCUAAUUUGUCACAUCAGCUCCCUGGCUAGCGUUUAUCACAAACCACCGACGGCAUUCGUUGAAGGCCGAGGUGCAGGAGUACGUAAGAGUCUCCCCAAUCGUUCCACUUCUGCUGCUGGUGAAGACGCCGUCCAGGAGGCGACAGUUAUUCCGAAUCAAGAAUCUCUAAUCGGCGAUCUGCUUUCGAUGGACAUUGGUGCUCCAGCUCCACCAUCCGUUCCGGCAGCAAACACUAGUAAUGUUGAUCUUCUCGGUGGCGGGCUGGAUAUUCUACUGGGAGGAGGUCCCACUGCUGCUGAAGCUACGAACAAUACUGCUUCAGCUGCGGCUACUGGCGGUGCUGGUGGUCUGUUGGGUGAUAUCUUCGGCAUUGGGCCAGCAGCCACAUCUAACAUGAUUCAGAUCCCGAAAAUAUGCUGGCUACCGGCAGAUAAGGGUAAAGGUCUCGAAAUUCAAGGUACUUUCUCCCGUCGAUCCGGGCAAAUCUACAUGGAUAUGACCUUCACUAACAAAGCAAUGCAGGCAAUGACCGGUUUUGCGAUUCAACUGAACAAAAACAGUUUUGGAUUGGUACCUUCAGCACCACUUCAAGUGGCCCCCCUUCAACCGUCCCAAACGGCUGAAGCUUCUCUUCCACUUGCAACCACUGGACCUGUUCAACGGAUGGAACCCCUCAACAACCUUCAGGUCGCCAUCAAGAACAACGUAGACAUCUUUUACUUUGCCUGUCUAAUUCACGGCAAUGCCCUGUUCGUCGAGGACGGGCAACUAGACAAGCGAGUUUUCCUAACGACCUGGAAGGAAAUCCCCGCCGCGAACGAGAUUCAAUACAAUCUACAUGGAAUAAGUGGAACAGCGGACACGGUUGCUGCGAAAAUGACCGCCAACAGUGUAUUUACCAUUGCCAAGCGAAAUGUUGAAGGCCAGGACAUGCUGUACCAGUCACUUAAGCUAACCAACAACAUUUGGGUUUUGCUGGAGCUGAAACUUUCCCCGGGAAGUCCAGACGCGACGCUCAGCUUAAAAACGCGUUCGGUCGAAGUAGCGGCAAUAAUUUUUGCCGCCUACGAACAGAUCAUUCGGUCACCUUAAGCGCCACGAUUAUACGCUUGGUUUAGAAUACGCAGAAGCAAAUAUUAAUUGAACGCAUCCGUUCUCAUGUUAGGUGCGAGCAUUUCUACUGAUUCUGAGAAGUAAUUUGGAUCGACGUAACGCAUAACUGAAUAUUUACCAAAACUAAGACACACAACUUUAUGCAUCCGGAUGAUGUACCAUAUUAACCUAUGAAUAAUUGAAGUAUUGAACAAGUGGCCCACUAGGGCCGAGUAAGAGUAAAUAUUCGCGUUGGGUUGUUAGUUGAACAAUUAUGCAUAAAUAUUGUUAGAUAAUAUAAUUUACUAACACACAAAGUGAACAUAAAUACGAGUAUAAUCCGUAAGUUGGGUUAGUCAA